AUGACGAAAAGUGAACAGGUUAUCAAACAGAAUUUUUCGAAAACUAAUGGGACUCCGAGCGCCGCGAAAGUGGGCUCGAAUGCGCCGAAGGCAACUUUAGAACAGCUAAAUCUUGCUAGGUUGCUCACAACAAAUUCCGACGAUAGGGAUAGGCAGUUCAAACUGGAACAGAUUCAAGAGUGUACAGAAUGUGAUCUGGAAGAGGCCGUUUUGGCCUUACACGACGCGGAUGGUAACGUCCAGCGGGCGAUUGAGAAUCUGAUUGAUGCGAAGCGCGAAAACGACUGGCAGGAUACGUUCACGAAGCGAUCGAAGUCCAAGCGUCACGGAGCGCAGAAAUCCUUAAAAAUGCCUAACGGGAAAAAGAGCAUUAAGCAAGCUGCUAAUGGUCAGAGUAGGAAUGGUCCUUCAAACGAAGCCCAUGGAAAUAGGAAGGCGUCUCACUCGGAAUCAACUCAUGUUGAAGGCUGGGGCAUUGAAUGUGGGGAGUGGAAAGGUGAGGCGAUAGAGGUUGUCAAUUCGGCUGUCAACAUACCCAUCAAUAUCCAUGAUGACACAGAGCUUUUAAAGCUUCUGACUUUGGAAUCGGUGGAAACUGAGAAAAGUGAUGAGACAGUGGAACAGGCUGAGGUGGUUAAGGACGUGGAGGUUAAAUCCGCAGAGCUGAAGGAUGUUAAGAAAGCGCCAUCUAAACCACAAUCAGAGGACCAAGUGAAAAUUGUCAGGGAUAGGCUGUUCAAGAAAUACGCGAGAAGCCUUACUCCUCCGCCAUCUCACGUUCCUAGCACUCCGGUCUUUUUUGCACCUGGAGCUAGAAAUACUGCUCUAAUUGAGAAUGUUCCUGUUCCCGAGGGUGGAACUAUCCAGAUUCAGGCGAUUAAUCGUGAUAGGAGUUCUGGUUCGGACGCCAGAGUGGACCGAGAUGCGGAUCUUCCGAGGUCGGGUCAAAUUUCCAAGGGGAAAUCCUUGAACAAUGAGAAUAGUUUUGAUUCGCAUGACCACAUUAAAUCCCCAAGUCAGUGCAAUUUCUCGCCUGCAGUGAACACUCUUCUCCAUUCGGUUCGCAACGUACAGCCAAAUUUGCAAAUCGAUCAGACUUAUGCCACGUCGUUGCAGAACACUUCGGCUCACAAGGAACCUUACGCGAAGGUUCAGGAUCAUGGCUCGCCUCAUAGUCGUACACAGGCUCAUUCUGUGAAUAACUUUGAGGGUUCCAAGUCUUAUAGCUACAAUUUGUUGGGUGAUUUGCCUCCAACGGUCAAGCAAGUGAGCCUGGAGUUGCAGGUCGGGAAAUCGGAUGCCUUCACGCAAUCUAUCUCCUCGACUCAGUCGGAGAAUGUCGUGUCAGCACCUUAUAACAUGCAGACAACUAAACAGUCUGUGGGUCAGCCGCCUCAAAUGAACAAGCCGAUCUCUACCAUGCCCCCGAACGCGAAUCAGCAGUCGCUUCCGACAAACCAACCUCAGCUCCAUCAUGUCAUGCACCCCGCCUUCCCAACACUCCUUAGUCACUUGCAGCCAAACAUGUCCCUCUUUAACUUUCCCGGUGGUUCGGGUCCAGCUGCGCCCCCUCACCUGUUCGACAUGGAUCAUUUUCAAGCUUUACAGCAGCAACAGCGAAUGUUGUUUGAGAUGCAACAGUCUCAACACCCACCUCAGCACACCCAGACCGUCGCUAACGAGAACAACCUCCCUAAUUCAGCUGCUGAUGUUAUUUCAUCGACCAAAUCCACCGUUCCCAUGCACCAAGUGACCACGGCUAACGUUGGUUCUGGCAUCACAUUUUUGCCAUAUUCUGGUGGCAUGGUCUUUAUGAAUGGUUACCCCAAUGCUUACCUGGGCCAGCAACAGCCUCAGACUGGUGGUUCUCAGAAUCAAAGCCCGGGUCAUGGAGGCUCUCCUCUAUCUCACCCAUCAAGUCAGCAGCAGUAUCCGAAGUCGAUGAAUGCACCCGUAAAUUAUGCUGGUUACCAAGGCUUGAGGCAAUCUAGUUUUGAAGAUGUUGGGGAUAUACUUUACUCAAACUUAGCCAAACAAAUGGCGUACAAACACACAAGUGGCGUUCAGAGUUUUUAUAACCCACCAAUGCAGCAGCCUUCGAAGGCAGGUAGUGGACCCGAUUUGUCGUUGGGUGGUAAGCUUCAACAGCAAGCUCCCGGACUGCCAUCAGCACAACAACCGCAGGUACCGAAUGCUGCACCUGGUGUGCAGCCUCAAGCCUUGUAUACACCGCAAGCACCGGGUCAAUAUCCGUUCUUUAGUCAACCUUGUAUGGCUAUGGCUGCAGCAGCGGCCGCAGCUCAAAAUCAGCAGCAGUCUCAGGGGCCGCCUCCCCCUGGUACCCCAGGGUCUAACGGCGUGGUACCAAUGCAUACGAGGCCAACACACUAA